AUGGGACCAAUUGAAACCAAUACGUUAGCUUCUCAUCAGCAGCAACAGCAACAGCAACAGCAACAGCAACAACAACAAUCUCAGAAAUCUCGACGACGAUCACAUUCAAGUGAACGAAACUCUCGUGAUAACAAUCGACAGAAAUCUCGAAGGAAUACACGUUCGAGAAGUGGAGAUCGUGAGUCAUCAUCUUCGAGCAGUGAUCGUGAUCAUGAUGAUGGAAACAGAAGUAUGGACGAUGACGACAAUGAAGACGAUGAUGAUAGUGCCAGUGAUCGAAGUUCACGUGGAAGCCCAUCGACAAGGCAACCGAAUAACAUUCGAUGGGAUUACCGAAUAAAUCAUGUAGGAAGACGAAUCAAAGAAACCAAAGCAUUCUGUUGUCUCAGUUGUCGUUAUCCAGUGUUACUUGCUGGAAGAUUGGUUCCAUGUAAACAUGCGGCUUUCUGUCUGCAGUGUGCCAAUGAAUGUAAAACUAAUAGUCGAAAUUGUCCCAAAUGCAACGAAGUGAUUAGUGAUAUCGAGAAGAUCGAAGCGAAAAACCUUAUUCUUUGUCAUCACGGGUCACAUCCACAUUCACAAGAUGCUUGUCUACGUGGAUACACAUCACAGCGUGAUCUUCAAGAACAUGUUAAACGACGUCAUGAACAACCACCACCACCGUCUCAGUCGGUACAAACUCGUCUUGAUCCACCACUUCAACUACUCCCUCCUACACAUCCCCCUGCUGCUGUAUUUCCUGGUCUUGGUGUUGAUUCACAGCAACAGCAACAACCACCUCCACAUCCUCCACCACUGAUGACAUUUCCACCAAUGAAUGUUCCAGGAAUGCCACCGCCACCACCUCUCUAUGAUAUGCGGUUCCGUCCCCCAGCUUAUGGCCAUCCUCCACCCCAACAACAAUUUGUUCCUCCUCAACAGCAAUAUCGACCGCACUCUUAUCCUCCUAAUCGACCCAUGUACUAG